CUUUUUAUUUCAAUUUUACAGUUUAUCGCGAACGAGUGGUGUUGUAAAGUAAACAUAUAAUAAAAUUUAAUAAUUUUAUUUACAAAACAAUAUAUAUAAAAUAAAAUUAAUAAAAAACUAACUAUAAACACUGUUUCAAAAUGAAGAUUGAAUACAGCAAGGAUAUAGCACAACCUCCGGCCCAUUUGGAUUUAAAAUUUUUCGAAGAUGUCAUCGAAAACGCUCUACGUCAAUCUACAUUCAAAAUCCACAAAAUCCAUUUUUCGAUGGGCAGUAAAACAGGCGAAAAUUAUUGUAGUGAAAUCUAUCGUGUGCAGAUCACUUAUAGUGGAAACAACUGUGAGAAGUUAAAAAAUUUAUCUCUGAUUAUCAAAAGUAUGUUACAAACUGAAGCCACUGAUUUCCUGAUUGACUUGGAUGUUUACAUCAAAGAAAAAGUUAUGUACCGUGACAUCUUACCACGCCUAGAAAUGUUAUUACCAGAUGGUGCUAAAUUCGGUGCAAGAUUAUAUUUUAGCCUUAAGGAACCAAUUAAAACUCUAGUUUUCGAAGAUCUAUGUGACAAAGGUUUCGAAGUCGCAUCAAGAGAAUCGGGCUUAGAUGUAGCACAUGCUCGUCUCGUAUUACAAAAACUUGCACAAUUUCAUGCAACAUCUAUGGUGUUGGCUAAAAAGGAUCCAGAAAUUAUGGAAAGCUUCCAUAGUGGUCUGUUAGGACGCAGUGCUAUAGAUCGUGAAAACUCGAUGUUAUUGCGUUAUUUUGGUGGUGAAGCAGAAGCUUUAGUUGAUGCUGUUAGUCAAUGGCAAGGUUACGAAAAAAUUACACAAAAACUUAAAACAUAUGUAGCUAAUUUAAGAGAUAACCUUAGUCGUUGUCAAGACCCUAUACCAAAUGAAAUCAAAGUUCUCAAUCAUGGUGAUUUAUGGGUAAAUAAUAUGCUUUUCAAGUAUGAUAAACAACGUACGCCACAAGAUAUCGCUUUUAUUGAUCUGCAAAUGAGCAUUUGGAGCAGUCCAGGAAUUGAUUUAAAUUAUUUUUUCUACACAAGUUUACGUUUAGAUGUUCUAAAACAUAAACGUGAAGAACUACUGAUGGCAUACCAUAGCUCACUUUGUUCUACACUGCAAAAAUUAAAUUAUUUGAAUAUUCCCAGUUAUCAACAAAUAAAACAAGAAGUUAAAAAACGAACGCCUUAUGGAUUCUUUGCUCAAUUCGGUAUUUAUCCAACAAUAUCAAUGGAUAAGGAUAUAUCAGCCGAUAACUCUUUGGACAGUUUUAAUGAUGAGGAAUUCGCGAAAACGAGACUUAAGCAAAUGUUCAGCUCAAAACGCUUGGAAGAGAUGAUGAAAUACACUCUAAUCGAAUUUGAUCAGAUGAAAAUUUUGGAUUAAUUAAUACAUUUUAUUUUAUUUUUAAAUGUUUUUUGUAGAGUUUUUAGA